UAGUGUGAAUAGUCCCCAACCUCGACUUCGGUGUCGGUGUGGAGGGUGCCGUCCCGUUGAUCCUAACCUAACUUUAGUCCCAUGGGGUGGCGGGCUUCUUUCUGUGUUCCUCAAAAUAUCCAAUAUUUAAUGUAGUGUGUUUCGUACAGUCUAAGGUUAUCUUUUUACAAGAUUUCCUUUCUAUUUUUCUGUGAGUCAUUAAGGUUGUCAAGAUCUCCAAUUAUCGGUUGAAUUAUGCCUUACACAUUUAUUAUUGGUCUUGGAGCACUGCUGCCGGUGUUGUAUGCUUUUUUUCGAUACUGGAGGAGAUCACAUUUGAAGGUUAACUGCUGGUUUUGUGGAUUGAAUAAUGUCAUCCUCCAGAAAUGUCGAGAUGGAUGGAUGUGCAAGCACUGUGAACAAUACAACGGUUUCAAAUCGGACGGUGAUUACAACAGAGACAUACCUGCACAAUGGGAAUCGUCACACCAUGGAGGAGUUACGUUUUGCACAAGUCCAAAGCCCUACUCUAAACCAUCCAAUGGCUUGUGCGAGGACUGCAACAAAAAUCAAGAAAUGAAGGUUGCUCAACUGGCAUCAUUUCAACCAAUCAACCCUAAUAAUUUUGACCAAGAAAUAGAAAAUUUCAGCUACCAUCUAGAGCGAGCAUACCAGCUUUGUCCAACAUGCGAAUCAGUGCUGGAGGACACAUUGUCUCUCAAAAAAACACACAUUCUUGAUAUGAAUUUACAGUUGACAGGGAAGCUGAAUCAGAAUCGAAGUUUUAAAGAACCUCGGCAAUUAUUCAAGAAAUCUAUCGCUCAGACAUCAACGUUCAUGAACAUCACAAUUGCUAUAGCUAUUGCAGCAUUUACUAUUUCAACAUUUUCAUCUGACCAUAUCUUUUUUAAACCUAUGAAUUUUGAUAGAUAUGUGGUCCAUGCUCAUUCCAAAUCUUAUCCUUUACCUUCAAUAUCAAUUUUCAUACAAUCUUCUCCUAUCUGUUUGAAAGAGGAAGUGAACACUCUUCCCCCCUCUCAUACUUUUUCAAAGAUUCUGAUCAAGAAUUUUGAGCCAUACUUAAACUUAGUUGGCAUUCAUGUUGUACCAUUGUGUAUUGCUGGACUGACUUUGAAAGGACUAUCAAGUUGGCACUCUGGUUUAAGACCAUCUGCCUUCCUUUGGCUAGCAUUUGCAGGAACUGUUUUCUUUCAUGAACUGAAAAGUGAGCCUGAUUAUUUACAAUUAUCUCAGAGCCUCCAGGUCAUCUUUUCUCUGCUGAUUGUGGCUUUCUCAUGGCAAGAGAUGAAUUCGCUGAAAGUGAAAUUAUCUCCACAAAAAAAACACAAAAUCAACUCAUCCAAGCCUUAUAGGAAACCGGAAAUCAUCCGCCCAGUAGCCCAACCACCCUUAAAUGCAACUCAACUUUACGCCCAACCACCAUCACAAAGGCUAUUACAACCAAUUCUUAGACAAGAAACUACACCACUCGAAAGUCCAAGUUAUUUGUCACUUCCUUCAAGAUCUGCAAGUGUAAUAUCUUCUAGCAGAACACUCACAUCGGCUGAGAGUUUAAAUUUGUCUCGAACUGAGGACCUUCACAAUGUUCUCUCUCAAGAGGACAAUAGAAGUGAUGCAUCUGUGGACUCUGCAUUCUCCAACCCCGACUCUAUUACAUUGGAUGGUGCUGAUUCAUGUUAUGGUUCGCAGCCAUCUAUAUCAAGCAAGAAAAAAACAUCCCAAGAUGGAGAUGUUCAAAGCCUCAUUGAGACUCUAUCAAUAGGUUCUGCAAAAGGUAGACAAAAUCAUAGGGCAUCUUCUGAAAUUAAGGCAAAAAUGUAUGUUCCUGAGAAAAAGAGAAGUUCAUUGUUGUGUCCUCCUAAACUGACUAACAUUAUGAAUGAAUCCAGAAGGUCUGGAAUAUGGAAGAAUACUGGCAAUAACUCUACAUUAAAUUCUUCAUUUGUUUCUGCUGAGAAAGACAUUAUGAAUGAAUCCAGGAGGUCUGGUAUAUGGAAGAAUACUGGUAAUAAUUCUUCAUUAAAUUCUUCAUUUGUUUCUGCUGAGAAAGCAGACCCUGUCAAUGAAAGUUUCACCCGAUCAGUCUCACCAAGUGGGUCUGUUCAUAGCCAAGCUACUAUCCGGUCUGGUAUAGAAUCUGUGCGGAGUUUCUCUCCUCCAUCAUCUUUUCAACCUGUAGCUCCUCAAUGGAAUUUUUCAUCACCUCAGAACAUGUUAUCAGUAUGUGUACCUCAUAAUCCCUUGGUGGCAAAUUCUGGAUUUGGAAACAUGGCAUCUCCUGUUGCUUCUUCUCCCAUAUCACAAGUGAUUUACACACCUUAUGGGAUGUACCAUCAAAUGGUCAACCAGUUUGGCAGCCCAGGUAUGUUCAUGAUACCUCCCCAGUCCCCAGUUUUUACCAACAGAUCUCCGAAUUCAAGUUAUGGUUCUCAAUUUUCACCUCGGUCAUUUAGCACCAGUUCUCGUUUCUGUGACUCUGACCAUGACGCUGAUUUUUCUCCAAAGUCAACCAAAGGCAAACUGAAAACUAAGUCUGCUUUGUCGACUUCCUUCUUGGAGUCAGUGUGGCAAAGUAGAUAUGCAAUUAUUUACACAACUUUGUGCUAUUUGCUACUGGGCUCUGUGGUUUGUGUCUUUUCUUACAGUGGUCUAGCUACAACUACUAUCUCAAAGGUUUUAAACUGGAAAGAAAGUUUGAUGUCCUCAAUCAGUUAAAUAGUUAACAUUGUUAUGCACUCAGUUGGCUGUGCCAUAAUCACAUUUAAGAUUUUUCUUUUUUUAAUAACACUACUAGUUUUUUUUUUGAGGGCCGAUUUUGUAUGGAUUCAGUUUCUCAUUUUGUACUUAAGGUUUUGAUCAUCAUUUAUAAGUGAAUGCACUUAUGUACUUGUCUUUUCACUGCCAUUAACUGACUGACAUUUGUGCUCACAGUUUUGUGAUAUUUGUGAUAAUAUUGGAUAUUUUGUUAUAACUUAUUAAUUAAACCUGAAGUCAGCUGUAUAAUAAAGGUAUAGAAUUAAGUUGUGUGACCUCAACUAGAUAAAGUUGUAAUUGUAAGAAUAUUUUUGGUUGGUAAUUGUGGUAAAAAUGAUCGAAUAAAUAAAUGCACAUCUGCAUUAA